GAAAUAAUAAACAAGAAUGUGUCCCCAGUACAGAUGAAUUUUCUUUCUUACCUACCGUUAUUAUUGCCUGCUUUUGUUAGUUCACAAAAUGCUUGGAAUAUGAUGCCUCAGGGUGGUGGUGAAGGACAUCAGUUCUAUGGACAAAUGCCACCACAGUAUGCCCAUUUUGAUGGAGCCGCUGGAUCAAUGUGGGGAAAUAUGCAAGGAAACCCACAAGGUAUGCCAUCAGAAAUGAUGGGCCCAACACCAGCACCUGCCCCUUUUGGGUCUACCACCAACAAACCAACACGACGAGAAUACAUGUUGAAACAAGCACCUAAAAGAAAAGUGGAUGGACCAAAGGUCCCUGCUCAUAAAAGAAAUUACUUGGACUUUGGUUCAAUGACGCCUAUUCCAACGAAUAAAGACGAGCUUGAACUGUUUGUAGAAUCUCUUGAAAAAAUGGCGACUGGAUUUCAUCGUAUGGAAUUUCGAUUAACGAAAGCUUUUAAAAUGGUAGACAAAUAUAUUACAACUUUAUAAUUAAAUG